CAUUAAAAUAAUGUCAAAAUUUGAAAGAUUCAAUAUAUUAACUUGACAGAUUUAUAUUAAUAUUUUAUACUAAUCCCAACAUGUAUUUACCUUCUUAACAAUACAAGUCUUGCAUUUCAUAGUAAAAAUGUCCCCUAAAAAGCAAAAAACCAUUAAAGACUAUAUUCCUGAGAGCAAUUCGACGGAAAAUGAUGUUGAACCAUUAGCUACAGACUCUGAAUUUGGCAACUCUCUUCAACAAGAACUAAGAGAUGCCAUCAAUACAAUGGGGCCAGAUACUCCCCACUAUUUCAGUGACAGAAUCUCCGAAAUAGAAGAUAGUUCAACUUCAGGAAAAAACCCGAAAACUAAUGCCACGUAUAAUGCUGUCGAAUGCAAACCCGCUCAAGUAGAAUUGAAAGAGUUAUAUAAAAAAAAGUUUGUGCCAACGACUGAUGAGUCUCAAUCAGAGGUAGACGUAGAAACUGUAGACAUUAACAACAGCUACAACGAAGAUGUGCCAAUUGUCGUAUGCCCCAAAACUCUUCCUCUUGUAGAACGAUCAACGGAUGAAAAACUCAUGAAUAAGUGCCACUGUAUGAAUGAAAACUUCGUCACUUUGCGAAGGGAUUUAAUCCCCCAAACGAAUAAUAGAAGAACUUCAAGACUAGACAGACACUCUAUCACUAAAUGGUUCAAAAACCGAGCAUCAUUCUCGAAAAAAACAAACGAUGAACAAAAGGAGCUACCUGAAUUCUAUAAGAUGUGCGUUACCCAAGCUCAAGAUGAUCACAGUCCUCCCAGGAGGCUGGUAUUCAAUUUAAUCGACGAAUUACCAAAACCAGAAUGUGCCACCAUUGGAGUCAACACGAAACCACACGUCUGUCAGACCAAAGAAGCCAAGGAUCGUAAAAAUCAAAGAGCUAAGAGCGUUGAUGGAGAUAAGAACAUAGGAGAUUGUGAUAUAAUAAAUCAUCGUGACGAAGUAAUACACCAUAAAAUCAAAGGAUGCCGUUGUGGUAUACCGGCAAGGGUGGAUGUCUAUUAUUUCGACCAUGGUAACGCCUCAUACUUAAGGACGACGGAUAAUCCACCCUUUAUAAGAACAGAAAUUGUCGCAGAUCAAUCAGAAGAAUAUAAUAUUAAAUUUUGGGGAGAAAUUUUCGGCACAAUACACAUUGGAAUUUCUUUUAUUACUUCAUUCAUCCUGCAAUUUUUCAGGUUCCUGUUACAUAGUGUUAUAAGACCACUAACCAUUGGACUCCUGCAGAUAACAUCAGAUUAUUUCUUCAAGCCUUUUCUAGCAACCUUCUUCAACGCAAUCAUACAGCCUCCUUUAAUAUUUUUCUACAAUAUAUCUACUUCUUUGAGGGAUAUCUGCGAUCCAAUUGCUGAGGGAAUAGGCUAUUUUAUCAGAGAAAUAUCAAUUUUAUUCAGGUCUUGUCGAUUGGUGGACGUAAAGAUUUCUAAACCCUGCGAUCAUGUAAGAAUGCAGAAUAAUUGUUGAUUAUUAGAAAAAAGAAGACACAUAUUUUUAUUAUAUAAUGAGAAAAAAUAGUUUACACUACUGUAUUUAUAGUUAUCAGAUGAUAAGAUACAAAAAACAUAUUUAUAUACGAAUGCAGAAAUAUAAUCACAUUCCAAACUUA